UGAGCAAUGUGAAGUUUCGUCUCCAUUCUCACUAGGGAGGGCGAGGGAGAUCAUGGGAGUUUCUAAGAGAGAAGCGGCUAUGACUGAGGAAGCAGUAGAAGCACAGGAUCUAUUGCCUCAGAAAAUAGCGAAAAUCCUCGACGAAGCACGGUUAUCAAACGCCGCGCACAACCGCAAGCUCAAGGAGCUAUGUGUUCUACGUUCCAAAUCCAAGUCUCCUUUGGAAUUCCUUACCGCAUUCUCCAAAACCCUCACCCCUCUCUUCAGUUUCCACCGCAGAAUUACCUCCGCCGAGCGCGUCGUUCGCUUCAUUUCCCUUUUUGCCACUGCUAGAGACGCCAAUUUCGAUUCACAUGCUGACGAGUUCUUGGAGGAAUUUCUGAAGUUUCUUCUCGCGGGAUCUUGCGCAGCAAAUAAGUCUGCUAGGUUCCGCGCGUGCCAGAUUGUUUCUGAGAUCAUCAUGCGGCUACCAGAUGAUGCAGAAGUCAGCAAUGAACUCUGGGAUGAAGUUGUAGAUCACAUGAAGCUGCGAGUGCAGGACAAGGUUCCUUUAAUCCGCAUGUUUGCAGUUCGCGCUCUUUCACGCUUUGCAAAUGAUAGUGAAAACAGUGAUAUCCUCGAUUUAUUUCUCGAGGUGCUUCCUAUGGAGCAAAAUGCGGAGGUCAGGAAAACAGUAUUACUAUCAUUGCCACCUUCUAAUACGACUUUGCAAGUGAUAAUUGAUUGGACCUUGGAUGUGAGCGAGUCUGUCCGCAAAGCAGCAUAUUGUAUAUUAGCUAAUAAAUUUCCUCUUCAAAGUCUCAGCAUCAAACAAAGGACGAUAAUUUUACAGAGGGGACUUGCUGAUCGUUCUCAAGCUGUUUCAAGGGAGUGUUUAAAACUAAUGACAGAUGAAUGGCUUACUAAAUGCUGCCAUGGCAAUCCUGUAGAAUUGCUCAAGUAUCUUGAUGUUGAAACCUAUGAACGUGUUGGUGAAUCUGUUAUGGGGGCCUUAUUAGGAGCGAAUUUGUUGAAACUGCAUGAUGGUGAAAGCAUCCGCCAUUAUAUACUAACUGCGGGUGACGGGGCCGAAGGAGACUCACUACAUUGCACCCCAGGUAUUCAACUUAUGGAAGCGGAAGUUUCUCUAUACUGGAGAACCAUUUGUAAGCAUAUCCUAACAGAAGCGCAGGAAAAAGGUUCUGAUGCUGCAGCCACUAUGGGUACUGAAGCAGCGGUAUAUGCAGCUGAAGCUUCGGAUAAAAAUGAUCUUUUAGAGAAAAUUCUUCCUGCCACAAUUUCUGAUUAUGUAGGCCUAGUCAAAGCUCAUAUCAAUGCAGGGUCCAGCUAUCGGUUUGCAUCAAGACAACUACUUUUGCUUGGAAGAAUGCUGGAUUUUUCUGAUGCUGCAAAUAGGAAGAUUGCUGGUGCAUUUCUGCGGGAAGUGUUGCAUAUGUCUCCGGAUCAUGAAGUGGAUGAUGAUGGGAACUUGGUGGUUCUAGGGGAUGGAAUCAAUCUUGGAGGAGAUAGAGAUUGGGCAGUUGCUGUGUCUGGUUUGGUAAAGAAAGUCCAUGCUGCUGCUGGUGAAUUUGAAGAAAUUAUUCUUGAGGUAGUUGAAGAACUUGCUCGACCAUGCAGAGAGAGAACUGCAAACUUUAUUCAGUGGAUGCACUGUCUUGCUGUGACAAGUCUUCUCCUGGAAAAUGCAAAAUCAUUGAAUUUUAUUAAUGGAAAAGUCACAGGACCUGCUGAACUAUUGGAGUCGAUAUUGCUUCCAGGGGCAAAACAUGUUCAUUUAGAUGUUCAAAGAAUUAGCAUACGUUGUCUUGGCCUCUUUGGAUUGCUAGAUAAAAGACCAAAUGAGAAAGUUCUUAAACAGUUGAGACAUUCCUUCAUUACGGGGCUUACCCCAAUCAGCACAAUGUCUUGCAAGGCAUUAUUUGAUCUUGUAAUGUGGCAUGGUCCCCAGGAGGUUGACAAGGCCUUGGGACAGGAUCAAUCACUGCAGUCUUCAUUUGAUGGGACAUCUUUUCGUUCUAUGAACUUAUCUGAAGCAGAUGAGGAUUUUAAUAUGGGAUCACUUGAUCUCUUAUAUGCUGGACUUGACAACGAUGAAAGGUACAGCCCUUCAGCAACUAAUGAAAUUGAGUCGGUUCAAACCAUUGUUGCAGAGGGGUUUGCAAAGAUUCUUCUUCUGAGUGAAAACUAUCCAAGCAUACCAGCAUCUCUACAUCCUCCACUUUUAAGCAAGCUUUUAAACAUUUAUUUUUCCAGUGAGAAAGAUCUCGAGAGGUUGAAACAAUGCCUAUCUGUAUUCUUUGAGCAUUAUCCAUCCCUCACAGUUGCUCACAAGAGGUGGAUAUCUGAGACUUUUGUCCCAUUUAUGCGUUCAAUGUGGCCAGGCAUGAAUGGAAAUGUCGGAGGUUCUGCUGUUGAGGUAACAAAUAUGCGCAAACAGGUAGUCCAAGCAUCACGUUUUAUGCUGCAGAUGAUGCAGGCUCCUUUAUAUGCGAAUGAUACCGAAAGGAAGUAUGAAGAUGGAUGUAUGGGAGAUCAGGAAGUCUUUGAUAGUAUUAGAAAACCUCCCCUUGAGUGCAGUGAAGAGGGGCUUGCCAUUCGAAUAGCCAUAGAGGUUGCAAGCUUCCGUGGAAAGAAGACACCUGCACAAAAGUCAUAUGUUUCUGCUUUGUGUCGUUUACUUGUGUCGCUUCAUUUUCGCCCAUCAGAACAAGGUGCUAUAAGGCUAAUGAGAAGACUACUAUGUCAUGUAAUUGAAACUGCAUCAUCAGAUAAGGAUCUUGUCAAGGAGUUAAAGCGGAUAGGGGAGCAUCUCACAGCUAUUGACAAACAACCAGAUCUUGAAAUGUUGCAAGAUCAAGCUCAUCUAAUUUUAGAUCAACUAAAACUGGAGUUCAAUUUCGAAGCUGAAGUUGCACAAACACCAGUCCCAUGUUCUACCAGACCUGCACGUUCCAGGAGACGAGUGAAACAUGAGUCUUCAUCUUCUGAUGAAGCCAUGUCGCCCACCUCUGUUUCCAUUGUUGCAGGGACAAUCAGUACACGCUCACAGAGGGCAAGCAAAACUGUGGCGUUGACUAGAAUUACGAGUAGUGCACUUAAGAUGAACAAUGUAGAUGAGGAAGACGAGGAGGAUGACGAUGAGGAUGAUGAUUCAGAUGAUGGAGAUUCAGACGUGACAGAGAAUUAAUGGGAUCAAUCAUUGUUUGCCAGUACCAUGGUAUUUUUCUCCAGUGUUGUAUGCAAGCUAUAUGAUUGAAUUAUAUGUAGGCAUCAGUUGUAUAAUUGUAUUGUACAUAUAUGUGCUUCAACUAUGUAUGUUACAUUCUGUAGCUAUAGUGAGUAAAAUCUGCUUGGUUUGUAAAAUGAAUGCAUAAUUAGAUUGUGGAU